UCUAUGAUUUAGAUCUAUAUGCUCAUGCAAAUGAUGUUUGUCAUGUAGGUGUUAGAUUGGCUGAUAAGUUUUAUUAUAUUUGAAAUACAGAAAUUCAUUUAUUUAUCAUAUUAGAUUGGUGAUUAUUUAUUUAACAUUCCAUAUCUUCAUUUUUGAAAUGGCUGAUGUUCGGAUCAAGACUAUCAAAAUUAAAACUGGUGUUGUUAAAAGAUUAGCGAAGGAAAAGGUUAUGUAUGAAAAGGAUGCAGAAUCUCAGAGAAAUCGAGUUCAGAAAUAUAAAGAUGAAGGCAAGGACGAUCAUGAUGUAAGGAAGCAAGAGGAAGUCUUGCAGGAGUGCUUGAUGAUGGUGCCCGACUGCCAGCGACGGUUGGUCAAAGCAUACGAAGAGCUCCAGAAAAUUAUUGAUACCGAGACUGAUCUGAAUACCAAUGAGGACUAUUUAUCAGCGGUGAAAGUACUUGAAGACGCUAAAUUGCAGCUGCCCGGCCCAGGCCAAGCUCUCCAACAUUUUUGCUAAACUUUCACUUACUAAACAGACUUUUACAUAAAUUUUUAGUGCCUAACUUACCACUAGUGUAUUGUGUAUAAUCAGUGAACUAAUAUUUAAAUUAUUUUUAUUGUUUUCGUUACAUUUCUUAUAAGUUUAAAUUAAACUUCUUAUAAGUUUAAAUUAAUA